GCAAGCCUUUUGAGGUGGUGAAGAUCAACUGCAGCGUGAAAAAGUUUACAUUUGUUCACAAAAGGUUGCAUCUUAAUCCAAAGAGAAGGAGUAGGGGCUUCAUUCAAGAAAAUAGCUUGUUUUCCCUGUGAUUAGCUGGAUAAGACGACGUGAGUGGACCCUGGUGUUAUGGAGAAAUUCAAAGCAGCCAUGGUUCUGGGUGCUAGUGGGGAUGCCUUGGGCUACAGAAAAGGUCAUUGGGAGAGCUGCACCUCAGGCAAGAAGAUCCAAGAGGAACUGGCAUCUUUAGGAGGACUGGGGGCCCAGAAGUUAGACCCUGAUAACUGGCCCCUGAGUGAUGCGACACUUAUGCACAUGACCACAGCAGAAGCACUUGUAACAGAUUACUGGUGUCUGGAAGACCUGUACCGGGAGCUGGUGCGUCUCUACGUUGAAGCCAUGGUGUCUCUCCAGGGCAAAGCUCCAGAUCCUGCCACUGUGGAGGGCUGUGUUCACCUCAAACCACACAACUUCCUGCUCGCCUGGCACACACCGUUUAAUGAAAAAGGGUCCGGUUUUGGGGCAGCUGCCAAAGCCAUGUGUGUGGGUAUGAGAUAUUGGCAGCCUGAGAGAUUAGACAACCUGGUGGAGGUCAGCAUAGAGAUUGGCAGAAUGACCCACAACCAUCCGACAGGCUUCCUAGGCUCCCUGACAUCAGCACUGUUUGCAUCCUAUGCGAUCCAGGGGAAACCUGUCGUGACUUGGGGCCGUGAGCUCAUGAAGGUCAUCCCUCGAGCUGAGGAGUACUGCAAGAAGACUAUACGACACAUGUCAGAAUAUCAGGAAAACUGGUUCUACUUUGAGGCCAAGUGGCAGUUUUACCUGGAAGAGAGAGAGAUUGAGAACGAGGGACAGAACAAAGCGGCAUUCCCUGAUUCGUAUGACCCAGAGGAGACGGACAAGAUAUACAAGCGCUGGAGCUCAGAGGGUCGUGCAGGCCGGAGAGGUCACGAUGCUCCCAUGAUAGCCUACGAUGCCCUUCUAGCUGCCGGCAGUGACUGGGACGAACUGUGUAAACGAGCCAUGUUCCAUGGAGGUGAGAGUGAAGCCACAGGUCUGAUCGCUGGCUGUCUCUAUGGCCUCAUGCAUGGCCUGGGCAAGAUUCCCCAAAGUCUGUACCAGAAUCUGGACAAAAGAGAGCGCCUGGAGGAACUGGGAGAAGCGCUUUACAAAGCAGCAUCUGCAGAGAAGUGCAUAGACAAGUAAUUCUUCUCUUCACUGGCCUGAACCCUUCUGGCUGCACAAAGGAACUGCACAUGCCUCUAAAACUGCCUGCUUAUAUCUUACAUUACUCUCUAGUCAUAUACAGUACAGUACUGUAUACACUGAUCUGUAAUGAACUGACAUAGUUUAAUUGCCUCAGCUGGUAGCUGCAAAACAUGCAGCAAUGACUGCAAGUAUUUUCUUGGGGCACGUGUGCUUGAUUCAAGUCCUCCCUCAAAUGCUUGUUUUUGUCGCUGACAGACUUAAAUUGUGUGUCAAAUGUCUGACAGUA